GUGCUGUGACGCCCGCCUCGCCUCGCCCCGCCCCGCGCGCGUUGCCAGGGUGAUCAGGUGACUCCCGGUUCGCGGCACUGGGGGCGGCCGUGACGUCAGGCGCCGAGCUGCUGCUCACUCGCUCCCAGACAGGUGCGGCGAGUCUACUGCGGGCUGGUCCGGGCUCUUCAGGUCCAGACCCGACCGUUAUCCAGUCGGUUCGUGGAGAGGAGAGGUGCACUUUACAGGUCCCCGAUGAACCAAGGGAACCCUCCACCAUAUCCGGGCCCUGGUCCAACGGCCCCAUACCCACCUUAUCCACCACAACCAAUGGGUCCAGGACCUAUGGGGGGACCCUACCCACCUCCUCAAGGGUACCCCUACCAAGGAUACCCACAGUACGGCUGGCAGGGUGGACCUCAGGAGCCUCCUAAAACCACAGUGUAUGUGGUAGAAGACCAAAGAAGAGAUGAGCUGGGACCAUCCACCUGCCUCACAGCCUGCUGGACUGCUCUCUGUUGCUGCUGUCUCUGGGACAUGCUCACCUGACCAGCCCAGCCGUCCUGUCAUGCCAGCUCUGCCGCCACCUCUGACAGGUGUGCCUGCCCCCGUCUCUUCUGAUUGCUGUAACAAGUGACUAGCUUUGCACAGACACCUCUACCUUCAGCACUAUGGGAUUCUAGACUAGUGGGGGUUGCUACUGUUUAAUUCAGUGACUUGAUCUUUUUAAUGUGCAAAAUCCAUUUCUUAUUGAUCUUUAAAGAUGUGCUAAAUGAUUUUUUUGGCCAAAGGCUUAGUUGUGAAAAAUAUUUAUAAUUUUUAAAUUAUACAUUCAAGGUAGUGGCCAAAUGUAACGCACCAUGGAAUGAUUUCUCUGCUAACAGCCUGUAUGUUUCAAUAAAUUUGUCCAAAGCUCAA